CGCGGCCCGGCCCGGCGCGGGGAGCGGGCCCGGCCCGGCCGUAGCGGAGCGCGGAGCGGCGGCGGCACCUGGCCAUGGCCGACCCCAGCCACAUCCAGUCGGCCGCCUCCAAGAGCAUCCGCCCGUUCCGCUCCAGCGAGGAGUACCUGGAGGCCAUGAAGGAGGACCUGGCCGAGUGGUUCAACACCCUCUACGACCUGGACAUCCAGGUGGACACCUUCCUGGAGAGCCUGGAGACCGGCUGUCACCUGUGCCGCCACGCCAACAACGUCAACCGCACCGCGCUGGACUUCCAGGAGCGGCACCCCGAGGCGGCCGCCCGCAUGCGCGUGCCCCGGAACGAGGUGGUGUUCCAGGCCAAGAACGUGGUGCCCGGCUCCUUCAUCGCCAGGGACAACGUCUCCAACUUCAUCCAGUGGUGCCGGCAGGACCUGGGCAUCCAGGACGUGCUCAUGUUCGAGACCAAUGACCUGGUGCUGAAGAAGAACGAGAAGAACUUUGUGCUGUGCCUGCUGGAGGUGGCCAGGAGGGGCUCCAAGUUCGGCAUGCUGGCCCCCAUGCUGAUCCAGAUGGAGGAGGAGAUCGAGGAGGAGAUGAGGGACCAAAUGGCGGAGGGGGCGCCGGGCGCGCGCCGGGAGAGCCGGGAGCCGCGGGCGGGCGCCUUCCCCAGCCGGGCCCGGCCCGUGGCCCUGUGCGACCUGCGGAACCUGGACGAGCUGGUGAGACACGCGCUGCCCGCCGAGCCCUGCGCCUGGGUGCGGGAGAUCCUGGGCUGCUGCUCCUGCCCCUCGCAGUUCCCCAUGGUCAAGGUCUCGGAGGGCAAGUACAAAGUGGGCGACUCCAACACGCUCAUCUUCGUCAGAGUGCUGCGGAGCCACGUCAUGGUGCGGGUUGGCGGCGGCUGGGACACCCUGGAGCAUUACCUGGACAAGCACGACCCGUGUCGCUGUGCUGCCCUCUCUCACCGCCUGCCGCAGCCCCGCGCCCCCGGCAUGUCCCCCCAAAAAGCGGCUCCCGGCGCCUCCUCGUCGUCCCGCACCUCCAGCCCCAGCGUCCCCCGGCGCCCCCGGCCCGCCGCGCCCCCCCAGCCCCGGGGGGACCCCCCGAAGCCCCCCCGGCAGGAGGGGUUGCCCCCUCGGGGGGGAGCCGCCCCCUGCUCCGGCAGCCCCUCCCGGAGCCCCGCCGAGCCGCGGGCAGCGGGGACCCCCAGGCCCCGCGCCCCCGCUCGCUCCCGGCGCUGUUCCGGUGACAGCGACUCCUCGGCCGCCUCGGCGCAGAGCGGCCCCCGCCGCCCCCCGGCCCGCCGGGACCCCCCGGACCCGCCCGCCCCGGGCUCCCCCCGCGCCUCCCGCAGCCCCGGGCGCGGCUCGGCGCCGCUGCUGCUCAUCCGCCGCCGGCCCGACGGGCAGCACUCGUGGGCACGGGCCGAGCCCCCCCCGGCCGGGAGCCCCGGCGGGCGGCGCGAUCCCCGGCCCGGCCCCGGGGACCCCGAGGAGCUGGCGCGGCGGCUGCGGGCCCCGCGCUGGCUGGAGCCCGGGCAGGAGCAGCGGCUGUUCCAGCGGCUGGAGGAGGAGUUCCUGGCCAACACGCGGCUGCUGGAGCAGCUGGGGGACACGGAGAGCGCCCCCCCUGCGCCCCCCGCCGCCGCUGCUGACUCGGCCUAUUGCUCCUCGUCAUCCUCAUCUUCCUCCCUGAACGUGUUCGCCAAGCACGGGCUGCCCGCCGAGGAGGGGCGGCGGGGCGGGAGCAGCGACGGGAACAACAACGGCAACAACAACGGGAACAGCAACGGGAACCACGGCGGGUGCCCCGCGCUGCCGCCCAACCCCGGCCUGGCGGACGCGAGGCGCCGCUCCACCUUCUCCAGCUCCUCGGACGAGAGCUGCUGCUUCCCGGCCUCGUGGGACAACCACCGGGACCCGGCGGGGAACCCCGGCUCCGACACGGACUGGGCCGCGGGGGAGGACGAGCUGAUGGAGAUGGAGGAGAGCCCCGGGCCGGGGGUCCCCGCGGCCCCGCGGCGGCCCUGGGCCAAGCCCCGGCUGGACACGCAGCCCCACAGGGCGCCCUCGCGCAUCCCCACGCCCCAGCGGGCCCCCAACGGCAGCGCCAGGGCCUGGGGGGCUCUGCAGGGCGCCCCCUCCUCCCUCCUGGACCGCGAGGGGCUGGAGGAGAACGCCUGGCCAUGAGGGGUCAAUGGCAGCUCCUGGGGACAGCCCCGCGCCGCUGGGGACGGUGGAGGCGG